AUGUCUGCUGUGGUUACUCGCAAGCGAAGUCGCUCUCAAUCCGCAGAGAAGGCGGUGGAGCAGCGAGAAGCAGCCCCAGCUGUGCGCCGUGAAAAGAUCAUUGAGGAGGAAGAGAAGUCCGCCAUUCGUCAACUAGUGAUGUCUAUUUUGCAGGACUGGCAGAGUGCGCAGAAGCUUCUCAAUGAGGAGAUCAUCCGCACUGUGCUGCGUCGUGUGCGACCGGUGCUGAUGUCGCAACCGAUGUUGGUGAGAGUUGAGGCCCCCGUUAACGUCUGUGGGGACAUACACGGCCAGAUCAAUGAUCUCGUAGAGAUAUUCCGGGCGGGUGGGAUGCCACCCGAGUCGCGCUACUUGUUCCUUGGCGAUUAUGUGGAUCGUGGGAAGUACGGCACAGAGGUGAUCACCGUGUUACUCGGUCUGAAGGUCCUUCACCCUGAUAAGAUCUGCAUCCUUCGUGGCAACCACGAGUCUGAGAGCAUCUGUAGAAUAUAUGGCUUCUUUGACGAGGUGAAGCGCCGCUUUUCAGUGAAGCUUUUCAAGGAGUUCACGGACGUCUUUAAUUGUCUUCCCAUCGCUGCUCUCAUUGAGGAGAUUGCGCUCUGCAUGCACGGCGGCCUGAGUCCAGAACUACGCAACCUCAACCAGAUUGAUCAGAUUCGCCGUCCGCUGAUGGUGCCGGACGCGGGGUUAGCCUGCGACAUUUUGUGGUCGGACCCCGAGGAGAAUAGCUGCGGGUGGAUGCAGAGCGAGCGCGGGGUGAGCUACACAUUUGGCGAGGACGUCGUGCGGCGGGCCUGCAACAAUCUUAAAAUUGACGUUGUGCUGCGCGCCCAUCAGGUAGUCGAUAACGGUUACGCAUUUUUUUCAGAGAGGCGGUUGGUGACAAUCUUUAGUGCAUCAAACUACUGCGGUGAGUUCACAAACAGUGGGGCGAUGAUGAUGAUGGACGAGAACUGCAAGUGUAGUUUUCAGAUCUUUAAGCCGCAGUACUAG